CCUGCCAGCGCGGGAAAGUUGAUGCUAGCAAUGACAAGCUAGAAAAGUUUUCGGAUGCGUAGAGAUAACUAUGGACCCUUCAGAGGUCGAGUUCCUCGCCGAGAAGGAGUUGGUGAAGAUAAUACCAAAUUUUAAUCUAGACAAAUUAUAUUUGAUCGGGGGGGACCUGGGACCUUUUAAUCCCGGUUUGCCGCUGGAUGUCCCCGUGUGGCUGGCUCUAAACCUCAAACAGAGACAAAAAUGCAGAGUCGUUCCUCCAGAAUGGAUGGAAGUUGAGAAACUUGAGGCGAUGAGAGAGCUUGAAAGGAAAGAGGCUGCCUUCACACCUGUUCCCAGUCCAUACUACAUGGAGCUGACCAGAUUGCUGCUCAACCAUGCGUCGGACAACAUCCCUAAAGCAGAUGAGAUCCGUACGCUGGUUAAAGAUAUCUGGGACACGCGCAUUGCGAAACUUCGCCUGUCUGCAGACAGCUUCAUCAGUCAGCAGGAAGCUCAUGCCAAGCUGGACAACCUGACUCUGAUGGAGAUCAACACCAUCAGAGGGUUCCUCAUCAAUUCGCUCAACUGCAUGUACAAACUACGCUCUAAUCUGCAGCCGGGAUCCAAUAAGGGACAGAUUGCAGAUUAUUGAAGGACACUCCUCGGUGCUCCAAUCAAUAAGGAAUUAAGCAUCAUUUAGGCGGCAGUGUUGGGCCUGUUUUUAACCAUAAUGAUCACGCUCAAAAUGUCUUUGGUGAUAUCUAGUCCACUUGUGCUAGCCCAUUUUAGGACCCUAUACUGUACAGGAAUUAAAUUCGAUGUGUGUGUGCUGAAA